AUGCCCAAUAACGAUAUUGAGAUCACUACAAUAUGUGCGGACUUGGAGUCCUCUAAAUUCACACUGCUCUCCUCGGGCCAUGAUGCUGACGAGCAAGAUCGAUUGAACGCCGAACGUCUUGCAAAAAAACUGCCAAAAAUCAAAAUUUUUGGCACUGGUGGAACGAUUGCGUCGAAAGGUGCUUCAGCGUCGCAUACCGCUGGCUACCAUGUGGAUUUGACCAUACAAGAGUUGUUGGAAUCGAUUCCGGACAUUUCCAAAAUAUGCGACAUCGACUAUGAGCAACUGUGCAACGUUGACUCGAAAGAGAUCGACGAAAGUUCACUGGUGAGUAUUUACAACGGGGUAUCUGCAGCGUUGCAAACUUUUGAUGGUAUUGUGAUCACCCACGGUACGGAUACUUUGGCAGAAACAACUUUUUUCAUCGAAAGCACAAUCGACUCUGGUGACGUUCCAGUGGUAUUUGUAGGAUCGAUGAGACCCUCCACAAGUGUUUCUGCAGAUGGACCCAUGAAUCUGUACCAGGCAAUCUGCAUAGCGGCCGAUAAAAGCUCGCGCGGCCGGGGUGUGUUGGUCUCACUCAAUGACCAGAUUUCUGCAGGCUACUAUAUUACCAAGACCAACGCCAACACACUGGACUCUUUCAACGUGAGACAGGGCUACUUGGGAAACUUUGUCAACAACGAAGUUCAUUACUACUGGCCUCCAGCCAAGCCCGAGGUAUGCCACAAGUUCAAGCUCGGACUUUCGCCCGCGCCAAACGGCUCUUCCUCUAAUUUCCCCACCGUGCAUGUCUUGUAUGGCCACCAAUCUUUGUCACCAGAGUUGGUCAAGCUGGUAGCACAGACUUGCGAGGGCCUGGUCAUUGCUACAAUGGGUGCGGGAUCUCUGCCGUCGAUUGUGAACGAUGCCAUUUUAGAAUUGUCAAUCCCGGUGAUCUACUCGAAAAGAUCGAUGGAUGGGAUGGUCCCUAGGGCAAACAUGCCCAAACAUAAAUCUACAGCAACCAGAAACAACGUCAUUGCGUCUGGACAUUUGAAUCCAGAAAAGAGUAGAAUCUUACUACAAUUAUGCCUGUUUGAGCGGUUUGGCCUGAACGAAAUCAGAGAGGUAUUCAGCAACGCUUACGGAGGGUGA